CUUACAUCAGCCCAGUGAGCCCUGGUGAAGGAGGCUGACGGACAGAGAGUGAGCGAGCCAGAGAGAGAGAGAGAGAGAGAAGGGCUCAGAUUGUAACAUCCAGCCGUUUUUGCCUCACUGGAAUAAUCCAAAACCACCUCCGAACAAAUGGUCUGAAAGGAUAAGACGUCUUAGAAAUUGGAAGCCUGUCUCUGUGCAUGUGUUUGGGAUGAAGCCCUUGUGGGACCUUCACUUCCUCCUGCUCAUCCUCCUGUACCUGUUAGGAGCGGUCACAUCACAGGUCAACCCAGGUGUGUGUCGGUAUCCUCUGGGCAUGUCAGGAGGGCAGAUACAGGACGAGGACAUCUCAGCCUCCAGCCAGUGGUCUGAAUCCACCGCUGCUAGAUAUGGCAGGUUGGACUUCGAGGAGGGCGAUGGUGCGUGGUGUCCAGAGAUAACAGUCGAGCCAGACAGCCUGAAGGAGUUCCUCCAGAUUGACCUGCGCUCGCUCCACUUCAUCACCCUUGUGGGCACCCAGGGUCGCCACGCGGGAGGCAUCGGUAAUGAGUUCGCCCAGAUGUACAAGAUAAAGUAUAGCCGCGAUGGAAGCCGCUGGAUCUCGUGGAAAAACAGGCAGGGCAAGCAGGUAAUUGAAGGAAACAGGAACGCUUACGACAUCGUACUCAAGGACCUCGAGCCACCAAUCAUUGCCCGCUUCGUCCGCUUCAUGCCCGUCACAGACCACUCCAUGAACGUCUGCAUGAGAGUGGAGCUCUACGGCUGUGAAUGGCUGGAUGGUCUUGUGUCAUACAACGCUCCAGCAGGAGAACAGAUGAGUUUGCCUGCAUACCCAGUUUAUGUCAACGAUUCUGUCUAUGAUGGAGCUAUCAUCCACAGUAUGACAGAAGGUUUGGGCCAGCUAACUGAUGGAGUGUGUGGUCUGGAUGAUUUUACGCACAGUCACGUCUACAAUGUGUGGCCCGGGUAUGACUACGUGGGUUGGAACAACGAGAGCUUCCCUAGUGGAUAUGUUGAAAUCAUGUUUGAGUUUGACCGCACGCGAAACUUUACCACCAUGAAGGUCCACUGCAACAACAUGUUCUCACGGCACGUCAAGGCCUUCCGCCAGGUGGUGUGUUACUUCCGCUCUGAAGCAGACUGGGAGGCCUCCCCACUCUCCUUCAGCCCCGUGGUGGACGAGAAGAAUCCCAGCGCCCGCUUUGUCACCGUCAACCUGGCCAAUCACAUGGCCAGUGCCAUCAAGUGCCAGUUCUUUUUUGCUGAUGCCUGGAUGUUGUUCAGCGAGAUCACCUUCCAGUCAGAUACAGCCAUGUACAACACCACGCUGACUCCACCCGAGACAGGACUACCACCUAACAUACAGCCAGAAGACGACCCCACACACAAAGUAGAUGACAGCAACACCCGGAUUCUGAUUGGUUGUUUAGUGGCUAUCAUCUUCAUCCUUGUGGCCAUCAUUGUCAUUAUCUUGUGGAGGCAGGUGUGGCAGAAGAUGUUGGAGAAGGCUUCUCGCCGGAUGCUGGAUGAUGAACUAACUGCUAGUUUGUCAAUACAGAGUGAGACGUUCGCCUACACCCACAACCAGUCGAGUACAAUCAGUGAGCAGGAGUCUAAUUCCACCUAUGAGCGCAUCUUCCCCCUCGGCCCCGACUACCAGGAGCCAUCACGCCUCAUAUGUAAGCUGCCGGAGUUUGCUCAGUGCUUAGAGGAGUCUGCCUCUACCAGCACAGCAGCUUCUAAAUCCACCACAGCUACUGUAGCCCAAGAUGGCGUCCCUCAUUACGCAGAGGCAGACAUUGUGAACCUGCAAGGCGUGACUGGAAGCAACACAUAUGCCAUCCCUGCACUAGCUAUGGACCUGUUGUCAGGGAAGGAUGUUGCAGUGGAGGAGUUCCCACGGAAGCUGCUCACAUUCAAAGAGAAGCUGGGAGAGGGCCAGUUUGGAGAGGUACACCUGUGUGAAGCAGAGGGGAUGCAGGAGUUCAUGAAUGAAGAGUUUAUGUUUGACAUCUCUGAGGACCAGCCAGUUUUAGUGGCUGUGAAGAUGCUCCGUUCAGAUGCAAACAAAAAUGCAAGGAAUGACUUCCUGAAAGAGAUAAAGAUCAUGUCACGCUUAAAGGACCCCAACAUCAUUCGCCUGCUAGCUGUGUGCAUCUACAGCGACCCACUCUGUAUGAUCACAGAGUACAUGGAGAAUGGAGAUCUCAACCAGUUUCUGUCCCGCCAUGAACCCGAGGGACAACUUGCUCUGCUCAGCAAUGCACCUACUGUCAGCUUCAGUAAUCUGUGCUACAUGGCCGGUCAGAUAGCAUCGGGGAUGAAGUAUCUCUCCUCUCUAAAUUUUGUUCACCGAGACUUGGCCACGCGGAAUUGCCUGGUGGGCAAAAACUACACGAUAAAGAUAGCUGACUUUGGCAUGAGCAGAAACCUGUACAGUGGUGACUACUAUCGCAUCCAGGGCAGAGCUGUACUGCCGAUACGCUGGAUGUCAUGGGAGAGCAUCCUGCUGGGAAAGUUCACCACAGCCAGCGAUGUGUGGGCCUUUGGGGUGACCCUGUGGGAGAUACUAAACUUCUGUAAGGAGCAACCUUACUCUCAGCUCACUGAUGAGCAGGUGAUAGAAAACACAGGGGAGUUUUUCAGGGACCAGAAAAGACAGAUCUACCUGCCUCAGCCUGUGCUCUGUCCAGACUCGCUCUACAAGAUCAUGCUCACCUGCUGGAGAAGGAACACAAAGGAACGGCCCUCCUUCCAGGAAAUACAUCGAGCCCUCCUGGAAUAACAGCCGUAAGCCAGGGCAAUAUUUAAGACAGUGAUUCCCAGUCUGCUCAUCUCUGGAAUAAAUGGUGCAUGACAAGAGAAGACCAUGAUUUCAGACACAAUCCAGGUUUAAGCUAUCUUGUUUCAGUAGAGAAACGGGUGAGAGCCACCUGUGGGCUCUUUGGGAAACACUCUUUCAUGGACUUGCACACUACAUUGAUGGACUGCCAGUGUGUUUCGGUGUGUGUCAGACUUUAACUAGCACAAUCACAUCGGCUAAGAUGUUUAAUAGACAUACAUGUAUUCUUAGAAAAUCUAUUCUGUUUCAUAAUACACAAACCCCGGAACUUACACAGAAACGUGAACAAGGUUUGGUUGUGAUGAGGAAGCCAAAGUUAAAUGUAGCAAGUGACAUUCGGCACUUUUGAAAACUGUAUUUUUAAUUAUGUAAAUUAAUAUUAGUUCACAUUUCCCAUGUUACAGUGUUUGACAGCAAACACAUUGUUGAAGAACCUUCUUGUGUUUUCUUUUGGAAGACUGCUUGAAUGUAGAGGGGGAGCAUUACUGUUACAUUUCAUUGAAUUUCAAGUAUUUCAUCUCAAUUUCUCAGACAAACUCCACACGUUUAGAAUAACAAGCAAAUAUCAAGUAGUCUUUCUCAUCUCCCUGUAGUUAUGGUGAUUUGAACAUGACGUGUAUAUGAGUGUGCAUUUUCAAUAGAUAAGUCUACAUCUCAAAUAGCAAUAUUUUGUAUUGAUAUUUAUAUGUUCAUAUGUGUUUGUUCUGUUUAUGUUGAUAUAUUUGUGGAUUAAUAUGCUCUUUAAUUGACGGGUUUGGAGUAUCAUAUUUGAUUUUGUAACUUUCCUGUUCUACCAAACUGCUCAAGAAAAGUUUUUGUUUCCCACU